AUGAAUGACGUCUCGCUUCCCGAUAUUUCAACUCUUCCAGCCCUCCUCCAAACAGCUGCGAAGUCUGACUCAGGUGUGGCUUUUUAUUCCCCGGGCCAGACCGAUACGCCAUCUCGACUCACCUACAAGAGCCUUGCGUUGCAAGCAACAAGUGAUGCUGCUCUUUUGGCAACCCACCAUGGCUGCUCCUACGAUGGUAGGAAGGUCGUGCUCAUCCAUAUGGACACCCAAUUCGACAACAUCCGUUGGUUCUGGGCAGCUGCGUUUGCCGGAAUGAUUCCGACAAUAUCGACGCCUUUUUCUCACAAUGCGGACCAGCGGAUGCAACAUCUACUGCACUUGGAGUGGCUCUUGCAAGACCCCUUGGUUCUGUCUUCAAAGAAGUUAGUGGCACAAUACCCAGAGCUGAGAAAACUUCAGCUAUUGACCACCGAAGACCUUGAGAGGCGUGAGAUUCAAAAUGGUACACUUUGCAAGACCGUGCAGCAUGCACCCUGUCAGGGCGAGGAACCUGCGGUGCUGAUGCUCACCUCUGGUAGCACCGGGCAUGCCAAGGCAGUAUCACUGACAGUGCCGCAAAUCCUGGCCUCGGUUUGCAGUAAAAGUAGGGCUUGCGCCACGAAUGCCAAUUCGGUACUGCUCAACUGGAUUGGCCUGGACCAUGUCGCAAACAUGCUUGAAAUUCAUUUACAUGCUAUAUCGUGCGCCGCGGAACAGAUACAAAUCCAGGCUGGGGAUGUGAUUGCCGAUCCCUUACUUUUCCUCAAACUGGUCGAUCGCCACCGGGUGACGAUGACGUUUGCUCCGAAUUUCUUUCUUUCUUUGUUGAACGAACGUCUUUCUUUGCAGGGAUACGAGAGCCCGAAGACUAUAGACUUGUCUUCAUUGCGGAGAAUUGUCUCUGGAGGGGAGGCCAAUGUUGUGGAUCUGGCGCGAGUUGUCAGCGUGCACUUUCGCCGUCUUGGUGCACUGGGCGUACCCCUUACUAUUGCGUAUGGCCUGACCGAGACCUGUGCUGCAAUUUCGUACGGCUUAUUUGAUGCAGAGCGCGAGGAGCACGAACAGCAUGGAUUUGCCUCGGUGGGUGCUGCGAUAGACAUGGCUUUAAUCAGAGUUCAAUCCACUGCUCAAGUUGCCGCUCAGGUUGGCGAAAUAGGAGAAGUGCAAGUUUCUGGUCCGGCUGUCUUCAAAUCCUAUUACCGGAAUCCAGAUGCCACUACUAGCUCUUUUACUCAGGAUGGGUGGUUUCGAACAGGAGACAGGGGCUACCUUGAUACUGCGGGUCGUCUCAAUCUUGUCGGACGAGACAAAGAGAUCCUCAUCAUCAACGGAAGAAAUUGUUCUCCGCAGGAUAUUGAGACAGCUCUCGACAAGGCGGGGGUCUCUGGAACGAUGUCUACAUUCUUCGCUGCCUUCGCCCAUCGACCAAUUGGUGGGGAGACGGAGGGCUAUUGCGUAGUUUACGGCACCCAGACCUCCUUGGAAGACCCAGCUCUCCGCGAUCAAGCGGCCGAGUUGGUUGCCAGUAUUGCAAGUACAGCUGCCGGAGCUCGUCCCGACUGGGUGGUACCAGUCCCAACACAUCGCCUGCAAAAGUCAUCUCUGGGAAAACUAUCACGAACGAAACUCAAAACCGAGUUUCUAGCAGGUGCACUCACCUCCCUUGCGAUUCGAUCUAGAUUCCCGAUCCAAGCAACUGGGGGGACGUCUCGAGUGCCACCAAAAAGUCCCACAGAGCACUGCAUUGUCAAGGUGCUGCACGACAUGGUCGAGAUACCGAUAGAGAGUAUAUCCAUUGACCAGACAAUUUUUGCACUUGGACUCACUUCUGUUUCCCUUUUCCGCUUCGAACAUCUCCUUCGCCAGAAAAUGGAGAUAUCUGGAAAUAUCUCCCUUGUCACCUUCCUCAACAGCCCGGUCAUUCAACACAUAGCCAAAGCAAUUGACAAAGCCAAUGGAACAGAGCACAACCCCGUCUUCCUACUUCAACCUCGCGGCAACAAACAUCCCCUCUGGCUCUUCCACCCGGCUUCAGGAAAUAUGCUCUCUUUCCUCCCGCUCGCCCGUGCCAUGACCGAUCGCCCCCUCUAUGCACUCACUAUGCGUGGGAGUCUAGACGAAGAUCGGCCCUUCUCUUCUCUCGCUGAAAUGGCGGCGACAUACUACCAGCACAUCAAAAGUACCCAACCCAACGGCCCCUACGCCCUGGUAGGCUAUUCCCUUGGUACAACAGUUUCCUUCGAAGUCGCGAAGAAGCUCGAACAAAGCGGAAGUCGUGUGGCAUUCCUCGGUGCAAUCGACUCGCCCCCUCACAUCAAGCCUCUCAUGCAGCAGAUUGAUUGGCCUGCAACAGCUAUCCGGAUAGCGUACUUUCUGCGUCUCAUCUCACAGGACGACAUUCCACUCUGUGAGCAGGAUUUCAAGACCAAGGCUCUUUCCCGAACCCAGAUUGUUGAUAAGUUAUUGGAAAUGGCAAGGCCGGAAGAGCGCACCAGGCUUGACCUUACUCCAGAGCAGCUGAUGGAUAUCGCAGACUACGCGGAAAACUUUGCGAAAAUGGCCCGGGUAUACGAGCCCGAAGGCUCGGUAGAGAAGAUUGAUGUGAUGUACUGUGUUCCCCUCAAGUCGAUCUGUGCCGACCAAGAUCACUGGCUAGAGGACUACCUGGGGAAGUGGCAGAACUUCUCGCGGUCCCCAGUGGAGUAUACACAUUGUGAGGGUGUGCAUGCGGAUAUGCUGAACCCAGAGUAUGUGGAAGGCUUCCAGGAGCGUUUGAGCCGAGUAUUGGCUGCGAGGGGACUUUGA